GAAGUCUCUCUGGAGGUCGUCCUUUGCCAAGUCGUGAGUUCCUGGAAAAGCCCCGCCGGCGGGUUGAUUUGUAUUCUCGCCUUCCAGACGGACAGACAGACAGACAGACGGACGGGCUGAGUGUCACGAAAAGCUCCUUCUGCCAGUGAUGAGACAGGACGGGAGGGACUGAACGGAGGAGAGGAGGAGGAGGAGGAGGAGGGAGGAGUCAGCCUGUCAAGGUGAACCGAUAAACCUCUUUUUUAUUACCGUUGACGUACAAAACACGACGCGCAGCUCCCACCGCGCAGGGUGGAGAAGAGGAGCGGAGGAGUUCACAUCCUCUCACUGCCGAUGAUCCAGCAGGAGCCGGUGGAGAGACACACACACACACACUGACAGGAAAUUCACGUUGGAAAGUGUGUGUGUGUGUGUGUGUGUGUUGUUUAGCCCUCUUUUUGUUUCUUUAAAAAAAUGGACCUAAAACUGAGCUGAGUGCGUCAUCCGCUCGAAGACGCCAGAGGAAUUAAAGAGCAGCGUGAGGCUGAGGAGUCCCGCUGGGAUCUGAGAGGGAGGAAUUCGGCAUCCGGGAGGUACAGACGGACCCCCGACUCCGGUCCCCCGCAGCCCUGAAGGGACCAGGUGGACGAACCCGUCUGACAGGAAUUCCUGCAUCACCUCUGAUGGUCUGAUUGGACGUCCUGUCAGUUGUUCUGACCCACAGACCUUUUGUUUCCUCUUUUCUCUCUUGGACUUGGAAAAAAAAAAAAAGGUGAUGAUGCCAGUGCAACUUUAUUUUCUGUCAGAAAAGAUGGAGAAAUUUCAAGUCCGGCAGCGUCGCUAAAACUGGGAGGAUUAUUGAGAGGAAUCUAGUGGAUGAUGUUGGAUGUUUACUGCUGCUGAGACCGCUGUGAAGGUGCACAGUUCAGAUGUGGUCUGGGAGAUUCGGACAUGUUUCCAUGUAAAUGAAGAGCGCUGCAGAGGAGCUGAUCUCAGAAACAUCUGGACGGAUACAGAAAGAUCAGAUUUCCUUCUCCUUAACUCCAGUUACCAGAUUUUUGAUCUUUCUUUUGCACCAUGAAAGAUUUCCUUUCAUUUUUAGUGAAUGUGCUUGGUGGUACAGUGCUUACAUAAUUUGCACCCAAGUCAGAUUUUUUUUUUUUUUACUCCCAGUUUCUGCUGUUACAUCUUAAACAGGUAACGUCCUGUGACUUAAAUUCAUUUAAAAAAAGUGCACACAGUCGGUUGUGAUGGGACUAACGAAGCGCCGACGCCAGUGUUACCACAGCAGUUAGCCUCAUCGUUAAGUUUUCACAUUCAGGUCCUUUGUGCAGCUUCAAGGAAAACAUUUUAAUUAUAUGGUUAAUGUUUGUGAUUGCACAUUUUAUUGAGGAUGCUGCUUUUUAAUUGACAGACAGACCUGAUACACAAACAUAACAGACUAACUGCAGAACGUCUCGUAUUCAGACAUGUGACCCUUCCAGAAAGGAUGCAGAUUCUUCUGAAUUUUAUUGGAUUUCCUGUCUGUGUGGACAGUUUUUUAAUUUCUUCAGCCGACUCUAAGGAUACCAUUUUCCUUCGAUUUCAACAAGAAAGCAGGAGACAUUUUAAUGUGUGAAUCUUGUGAAGUAUUGAGUGAAAGAGCUGCCAUCCUGAAGCAAACCUACCACAGUUACUGCCUUCAGAAAUCAAAGUUUCUAAUUUUUUUUUUUUUUUUUGUUUAUUCUGAAGGAUGUUGGAACUUUUACUGACUUAAAUUUAUCACUUGCUUUUAGUCUUUCAGUUCCCAACUAGGAUUUCGUCCUACAUGCUCAUCAGCACUUUCGGUGACAUUUUUUUUAAUCUGAAGUCACCUCUUCCUGCCUCGCGGGGAACUCUCAGCCCGUCCCGUCACCGCCAUGGUGAUGUCGCAGGGCACCUACACCUUCCUGGCCUGUUUCGCCGGCUUCUGGUUGGUCUGGGCCGUCAUCGUCAUGCUCUGCUGCUUCUGCAGCUUCCUGCAGCGCCGGUUGAAGCGCCGCCACGAGGAGAGGCUACGGGAGCAAUGUCUGCGGUCUGUAGAGAUGGAGCCGCUCAGCUGUCAUCCCGCGGGAUACCCUCCUGUUCCUCCUCCUCCUCCACCGCCUUCACAGCUGCCCAGGGAGCCUCCACAGUUCUGCCCUCCUCAAACCCUGUCGCCGCCUCUUCCUCUGCAGGUUCCUCAUCCUCUGCCACAAGCAAACUGGAUCAGCAUGCCAGACACAGAUGUAUUUGGGAAGCCACCCUGCUAUGAGGAGGCAGUUCUGAUGGAGGAUCCUCCUCCACCUUACAGUGAGGUCUUGGCAGAUCCGAGGGGGGGCACGUUCCUGAAGCCUGCCCCGCUCCGAACUGUGCCACCACUGCCGCAGCCGCCUCCUCCCAGGGAAUACCAGGAUCCUGCUCCGGUCUUCACAUCUGAGACCAGCAAGCCGCCUGUGAUGACUGUCUUCCCUGAGCGAGGUUACUCCUCCCUCAUACGGCUGCCUUCGUCCCAGCGCUGGGACUCUUUGGGUCAUCUCCUGUCCAACAUGGACCUGAACCACAACAACCUCACCCCGCCGGGGGCCUGCUCCAUGCAGACUGCCGCUGCAAUGGCUACCAUGCCCCGCCGCGAGCCCAGGACUCAUCAUGAUGCGCUCCGAGGUGGAAUACAAGGACUCCAAGGAGGCCUACAAGGACUUCGAGGAGGGACACAAGGGCUCCAAGGAGGGAUACAGGAGUUCCAAGGAGGAUUGCAGGGGCUUCAUGGAGUCCAUGGACUGAGGGGGCUGGAGCCAAGCUGUGGCCUGCCAACCGCCUUUCCCUUGCUGGGUCGGAGCACCGCCGUGUAGAUGUGGACGCUCACUGGAGGAGUGUACCCAGCCAGCAAGUUGGAGGUUAAUCUCUGCAGGCCCUUCGUGCAGGAGAUCUGUAAAGACAGACUUCCUGUCUACGUGUUGCUCAGUGUUUACAGCAACACCGCUAGAAGUAGAGCUUUAGAGGGUUAAAGUACUGCAACGGCGUCAGGGGUUCAAUUCUCCGCUCAGCUCUGUGGGCAAAGGCUGCCACUCAAAGGCUGCCAGCAUCGUGGCUUUCAGCCUCAUGUGUGGAUAACGGAGGAGGUUACACACCAUUUCAAACCAGUGCUGUCGAGUCCCAGAGGUAUGCCGGUGUCAUAUUGGAGCAAAUUGAGUCAAGGUUCUUUUGAUCAGCAGAGGAGGAGAAAAACACGAAGGAGGAUGAGCAACAAGCACAGCUGUUGCUCUACCUUUCAUCUGCCUGUAUUUUCAUCUAUACCUCCUCUUUUCUGUGUCACCCUCUCAUUCUGUUUAUCCCUCCUCUCCUCUCUCUGUGACUGAGCAACCUAUUGUGCCAGUCUGCUGUUGCCAUGGCUCCCGGGAACUAUCUGUUGCCCACAAAGACCUCUCCUCUUUUAUCUGCUCUGAUUUUUCCAAGACUGUGUUCGCAGCUUGUCUCCUCUCAAGGACUGUGAGUAUUAACACUUACAAAAGAACACGCGGUGACCUUCGCUGCCGCCGUGUUCGUGACGUUAGAGCACGUUUUCCCAGCUCAAACCAAAACAAAGCUGGCCAGAGAACCGAGAGUACACGGACUGCAUUUUCUUACAUGCUGCUUUUGUCGUUGUCGUCUUUGCUACAAACCUUUAUUUGUGUCAUUUAUAAAAACAGUUUCUUUUUAAUGUACAAAUUAAUCAGCAUUCUUUUAAGCUUUGUGACAAAUGUCUUUUUUUCCAUGUUAAAUAAACACAUCUUCACCCGCUGGGAUCCUUCCAAUCAUUUGUGGAGUACAGAAAAAAAGGAUAUACAGCUGUGAUACUGUUUAUCACGAAUACCUGAAGUCAUAUCAUCAAUUUAGUUAUUACUUGUGACAGAAGGGUCGCCGGGUCGACGGCUUGACGGCUGACAUGCCCUUGAGCAAGGCGCCACCCCCCGCCCUCAUAUGGCAGCCCACUGCUCCUAUGUGUUUCACUGCAUGUUGCAUGUGUGUUCAACAAGUGAUGGGUCAAAUGCAGAGAAGAAUUUCAGUGUAUGUAAAAAAAAAAAUAUAAUGACAAUAAAGUUUGAAGAUUUAAAAAAAGAAGAAGAAAAGUUUAAAACUCACUACACGGCUUCAGGAUUCAGCUGUAAUUGCAUCACAUUGCCAAACU